AUGCAAGAUUACAAAGCUGUCCGGAAAGCCUGGUGCAAAAAGACAAUUGGGAAAGAAUGUACUGUCUUGGUCAGUACAGAAAAGAUGAGCAGUCAGAAUAAGAACAAUACUCAGAAAGGAAGAUGCACUGUAAGUGAUGACACCCAGAGGGGAGUUCUCAGCAUCACCAUGGCGAAGCUCACAGCACAAGACACUGGGGCGUACUGGUGUGCUCUUAAUGAUGACUCUCGCCUCUUCCAAAUAAAGGUAACGAAGCUGGCGGUUGUCAUAG